AUGAAUCGGUCUGUCAUGUGCAGCGAGACGGCAGACAGUUCAGCCCGCCAUGUUACGUCCAACGGCCGAAUCCCCGGAACUCAACCGUUAAGCCGUACUUACGGAGGCUUUGCGCAGACUCAGAAGAGCUUCCCUGGUCAGCUGACUAGCCCGUCAACGAACCGGGACGUCCUAACAUCAGCGGUCAGGUGGAGAAACGUCCUGCCAGCAGCCAUGACAGAAUUCUGGUUGAUCUCCGCCCCGGGGGAGAAGACCUGCCAGCAGACCUGGGACAAGCUGAUGGUGGCCACCACCCGCACCAACAACCUGUCCACCAACAACAAGUUCAACAUCCCCGACCUCAAGGUGGGGACGCUGGACGUUCUGGUGGGUUUGUCGGACGAAAUGGCUAAGCUGGACACAUUUGUGGAAAGCGUGGUGAAAAAGGUGGCUCAGUACAUGGCCGACGUUCUGGAGGACAGCCGAGACAAAGUGCAGGAAAACCUGCUGGCCAACGGAGUUGACCUGGUCACCUACAUCACCAGAUUUCAGUGGGACAUGGCCAAAUAUCCCAUCAAACAGUCUCUGAAAAACAUCUCCGAGAUCGUUUCAAAGCAAGCGACUCAAAUAGACAACGACCUGAAGGCCAGAGCUUCCGCUUACAACAAUCUGAAAGGAAACCUGCAGAAUCUGGAGAGAAAGAACGCGGGGAGCCUGUUGACCAGAAGUCUGGCUGACAUUGUGAAGAAGGAGGACUUUGUCCUGGACUCAGAGUACCUGAUCACCAUGCUGGUGGUCGUCCUAAAGACCAGCUAUGCAGACUGGCAGAAGACCUAUGAAACUCUGUCCGAGAUGGUUGUCCCACGCUCCACCAAGCUGCUGUUUGAGGACCACGACAGCGGUUUGUUCAGCGUCACCCUCUUCAGGAAGGCUGUGGACGACUUCAAGCACAAGGCCAGAGAAAACAAGUUUACAGUGCGUGACUUCCAGUACAACGAGGAAGAGAUGAAGGCCGACAAAGAGGAGAUGACGCGUCUGUCCACUGACAAGAAGAAACAGUUUGGUCCUCUGGUCCGAUGGCUGAAGGUGAAUUUCAGUGAGGCUUUCAUCGCCUGGAUUCACAUAAAAGCUCUGCGUGUGUUUGUGGAGUCCGUGCUGAGGUAUGGGCUGCCGGUCAACUUCCAGGCCAUGCUGCUGCAGCCCAACAAGAAGAACAUGAAGAAGCUCAGAGAGGUUCUGUACGACCUCUACAAACAUCUGGACAGCAGUGCGGCCAUCAUCGAUGCCUCCAUGGACAUCCCGGGGCUGAACCUGAGCCAGCAGGAGUACUACCCCUACGUUUACUACAAGAUCGACUGCAACCUGCUGGAUUUCAAAGUUUAAAAACUUUGCCAUCAUCAUCGUCGUCAUCAUCAUCAUGUGCUGUAGUCUUAAUGUGUGACAUGUUCACAUUCAAAGGCUUUAAUUUAUUCCCACUCUGUCCACAUUCUUCCCCUUUUCCCCCUGUUUUCAUCGGUUUUUCCCCCCCUACGUAUUGUAAAAUUUCUGGGACAUUCCUGAGUCCACUGAUAAAGAUGUUUGGAGCAGUGCUGAAUGGCACUUAGCAAGAUUAUGUAACAUUUUUAAGGCAACCUCCCAUCAGCUGUGCUCCGACAUACUUGAAUAUGGGCCUUGGUUUUUGUUAUUUUGUGUUUGUUCCUUCUUGACAUUCCCUCAUCCCUCUGUCUUUUUACAGGCACAUCCCUCCUCAUCCUACUUUAAUCAAACUAAAAAUGUGGAUACGCAUGUGGGAGAAAUCGGGGGGGGAAAUAAAUGUAUGUUGAAUAUAGUAUUUAUUUUAAAACUCUAAAAUCAGUGAACAUGUUUCUGUUUGUUCAGGUUUUGAAAGUGAUGUGUUUUUAGUACCAUGUAGGGAACGCCUGUUUACAAGUAGAUGUCAGCCGGUGUUUAAUUUGUCUGUAAAUCUGUCAAACUCUGAGCUGCUCAUUUAUUUCACAGUGCAGAGAAGCAAUAUGUGUGCAGGUUCUGCUCUUCUGAUUCCCACGACGCUGUCGAACAACCAUCACUAUAAGUACACGUGCAAAUACUGUAUUGUUGGUAUGAAUGAAAGUUGAAACAUAUAUUUAAAAUAAAUGUGAACAAAUCCUGUUAUCUGUGUGAAAAUAACUCGUUCUCAUCUCACUUAGCCACAGAAUAGGUUUUCUUAUCCUGAUACAACAUCAAACCUGUUGUAAGAUAAGGUUUAAAAUGGUUCAGUCUCACCAAACAAACUUUAGUUUGCCAAGUCAGUAUAUUUAUCUUAUUUAUUUAUCUAACACAUAAGACUAUGUACAUUUCAAGUGAUUUCGAAAGAAGGUGGCUUUCCUGGACAUUUUUAAAUAUUUCAUUAAAGGUAAAGCCUUCAAGUCUGUGAUGAUUUUUUGUGUCUUUUAUUCAUUGGCCUCAGAUUGAUAGUAUAGAAGA